GACUCCUAUGAUGUUCAACAGUAUUCCAGACGACGUUUGUAUGACUGCAAAGUUCCCUUCAAAUUCACCAAUUUGCCACAUUUCAGCAAAUACGCUUCCUCAAGUACCUAAUCCGUGCAUCGUGACGAUUACCACAGGUCAUCAAUUUGCUCUGAACAGAUGGAAUUUAAAUUAUACUGCUUCAGUUCAGUCCCCGAGUUAUGCAGAUAAUCCUCCAGUUCAAGUUGUACAUCAGCCUUUCCAAAUGGACCCAAUUUUGUGUAAGUCAAUGGGUAGCGUGGCUGUUAAUUUUAUUUAAUGAUAAAUAAUGCAUUAAUUUCUUAUUUAUAUAUUUUUCUGAAGUAUUUUGAACA